AUGAUGGGUGAGAAGUUUUGUGUGAACGAAGAGGAGAAGGGUGUGUUGGAAUCUGUGUUGGGUGCAGAGGCUGUUGCGUUUUUCAUUUCAGCACUAUCCAAUAAUGUCUUUUCCAGCGUUGUUGCUCCGUCUGCCGGCGCUGAGUCGGUCCUCCGCCAGCGGUUGUCCCAGCUUGUUGAGGGUUCCAAGUGGAACUAUGCUGUUUUUUGGCAGGUUGCUGGGUUGAAAUCUGGUGGUUCUGCCUUGAUUUGGGGUGAUGGGCAUUGCAGUGACCCAAAAGGGAAGAGGAGUGGAGUUGGGAAGCAGGAUAAGCAGGAGGUGAGAAAGAUGGUGCUGCAGAAGCUUGAUGCCUGCUUUGGUGGGUCUGUGUCGAAAGAGGCUAAUUAUGCGAGAUUGGAUAGGGUUUCUGAUUUGCUCUUGUUUUACUUAUCCUCGAUGUGUUAUAUAUUUGGUUUUGAAUCGCCAUGUGGCCCUGGGAGUUCAUUCAAAUCUGGUAAAUUGAUUUGGACUUCAGAUGCUGCUGGUUGUUUAAAUCAAUUAGAAUCUAGAUCAUUUCUAGGGAAAGUGGCUGGUCUUCAAACUGUUGUUUUUGUUCCUCUGAAGUCUGGGGUGGUGGAGCUUGGUUCGAAUGAAGUGGUGUCUGAAGAGCAGGGUUUUGUGGAGAUGGUCAGGACAACAUUUGGGGAAUCCAGUCCCGGACAGGCAAAGGUGUUUCCCAAGAUUUUUGGGCACGAGUUAAGCCUGGGGGGGGAUACAAAAUCUCAGUCUAUAACUAUUAGUUUCUCCCCAAAGGUGGAAGAUGAUCCUGGUUUUACUUCAGACUCCUUUGAAGUUCAAGCAUUGGGGGUGAACCAUGCUUAUGGAAAUUCUUCCAAUGGGACUUUAGGGGACAGUAAUGAAGGGAAAAUGUUCCCUCAACUCAAUCAAAUGAUGGGUGGGAAUUUUAAUGCUCAAGCACGGGUUCCUUCUCUAGAUCUCGGUAAUGAAGACUCGUCCUCAAUUCAUGCAGAUGAGCGGAAACCCAGAAAAAGAGGUAGAAAACCUGCCAAUGGGAGAGAGGAACCACUGAAUCAUGUUGAAGCUGAGAGACAAAGACGUGAGAAGCUUAACCAGAGGUUUUAUGCCUUAAGAGCCGUUGUCCCCAAUAUAUCUAAAAUGGACAAGGCAUCUUUGCUUGGUGAUGCCAUUACCUUCAUCACCGAUCUCCAGAUGAAGAUCAAAGUGUUGGAAGCUGAGAAGAACAUGAUUAACAAUAAGGACCAGAUGUUAUCCUUGCCAGAUAUGGAUUUUCAGGAAAGAGAGGAUGACAUUGUUGUGACAGUGGGAUGCCCCUUAGAUACUCACCCUGUUUCUGAUGUUGUUAAAACUUUUAGGGAGCAUCAAAUUGUGGCUCAAGACUCCAAUGUUUCAACUACAGAUGAUAAAAUCAUUCAUACAUUCACCAUAAGAACUGAGGGAGGGGAGACUGCUGCCUUACAGUUGAAAGAAAAGCUUGAAGCGUCCAUAUCCAAAAGUUGA